CACGGGAGCACGAGAGACGAAGGGAGUAUUGGGCGCAAGCGAGAGACUGGAAUGGAGAAAAGCCAAAUGGUCAACGGGAGCACACUGGUUAAGGCCGUGGAUGUGGGCCAACAGCGAACAGCGGGUGGCGCGAACGCUGCAGUCCAAAUGCCGGUCGGUCCCAACGUUGCUUUGUUUCUCCAACACUCUGCUCCAACUGAGGUCAAAGCAGGGAAAAGGACUUGUUCCACGACAAGACACGAUAUUGAUGUUAUAUUAUAUGAUGCGCUGCGCUGUACUUUGCAGUCGUGUCUUGACCUCUACGGUUUCUGGAGAUCCACUGGUGAGUCCCUUGACGGUGGUGAGGACGGCAGUAAGCCCCCAACAGGCGGCGUGCUAGCGCAAAGCCCUUGUCAAGUCAACCCCGGCAGCGUCCGUGACAAGGAAGAGCUCAAGCAGCGGUCAGUGGGCGAUGAGGGCACGUUGUGCCAGCUUGAGCGAUGA